AUGCGCUGUUGUCGUUGGCUUGAAUUAGCUGCAUUGAACUGUUGGAUGGAACUUGAAGAUCAACAUGGAGAGGAAAGGGUCACUGUUGGACUAUUUAGUGGGAUCCAAGAUACCAACGGCACGAUUGAGAGGCGCCACAUUGUCGAGGUGUCCCGCGCUUUCAAAGAGCUGGAGCGAUGUGACUUGAUGUCUAAAGAAGAUGAGGCGCGGGUUCACAUAGAGUUAAGGGGCGAUGAUUCCAUCAUAGUGACGUCAGGAGCUGUAAAUUCCGCGUUGCUAUUCACCGCCUUAUGUGCAAGUGGACGCCCGAUGGAAGAGAUUAAACAAGAAAUUUGGUCUACACAGUGCGAAUAUCUCAGGAACAAGGUGACUAAAUAUGGUUGUCAAGGAUAUGUUAAUCGGAAUAUCGGGACGUUAAUCUCGGCUUCCUUUGAAAACGCGAACCGGCACGAUGUAGUUGGCAGGCUGGAAGCUAUCUGUCAGCAAGUGGCGACCAUACACCGUCGAGGCGCAAACACCCGUAGCUGUGAGCUACUUCUAAAGGUGCUGACAGAAUAUUGGGGCAGGUAUAAGCAGUUCCCUGACCUGGGGUGUGAUCUGAGCCGCAUACGGCAGCUGCCUGUAGAGGCUUUAUACGGAUGCAAAACAGAUGGAGGACUGGACUGCAACUUAUUGCCAGGGCAACAGAAAUACCUCAGACACAAGUUUGAUCCGGCUCCGAGAUUUAUCAGUGCACCAACAAGAGUCACUAGAGAUACACCUGCUAGGGGAGCAGCUGACCUUUCGAGCCGAUUGGUUGGGCGAGUGAGUGAGUUUUUGGAGUGCCAAGAGCUGCACAGUGUGCUGGCUGCCGAGAUACAUGCUCAAAUCACAGCAGGUGGUGCUCUGCCAGCAGAAAUUUCAGCUGCACAUCGCGACUAUGAAUCCCGAUUUGCUAAGUGGGCAGACGCGCUGAAUCCCUGUGAAAAAUCAGAGGAGCCUGAGUUGUGGUUUAUCAAUGCGGACGGAAAGUGGUGCCUAAAUAGCAACCAGCAGGCGUAUAGUUUCUGGCUCGCUCCAGAAGAAGCCUGUCUAGCAUACUACCGAGUCAAAGAUGGGUUAGACCCAGGUUAUGAUUGGGUAGUACAUGGACAUAACAUUAGUGUCACUUUCGAUAAGGCGAUAUGGCUGAGACAUAGAAAGCCGUACGUGGAAGUUAAUUGUUUGUAA